GCCUGAUAUAAUCCUUGAACAGGUACUGUUUGUAUAGAUAUCGCCGUACAGUACUGUAUAUAUAACGUAGGGGUCAUAUGACAUAGCAUAAAUAGAAAUGCAAUCAUAACAGGAAAUAAGUGCAAUCUUUAGAAAUAUACUUUGAUUUUGGCAGUGAACAAAAACAUACACACUAUUAUACUCGUAAAAGAUGUUAACAGACGAACACUUUGACGAUCUGCAAAAGAAGGGCUAUACUGUUGUAAGUGAUGUACUGACCAACGAUGAAUGUGACAAAACGAUUGAUCAGUACAAACAAUGGUUGUCGCAGUUUACUGACGAGGGGGAGUGGCCCUUUUCAGCCAAUUCGUUGAUCCAGCGAUACAAUGCCGGACACAUGGAACCCACCUGGUUUGCACGAUUAAAAUCAAAGAGAGUUUUCGCGCAAGUAUGGAAAACAGAAAAGUUAUUGACGAGUUUUGAUGCAAUUGCAAUUGGCCGCCCGCCUGAGGAAAGCGAGGAACAAUUUCAUCGGCCCGGGCAACAUUGGUUUCACGUGGACCAAAGUGCCAUACGUUCUGGUCUUCACGCCUACCAGGGAGCGGUGUAUUUGGAGGCAGCGGACGAAGAUGAUUGGACGUUGCAUGUUAUGGAAGGAUCACAUGCUCAUUUUGAGAAUUUCUUUGCUAACAACGAAAGAGCACGUAUUCGUUCAGAAAACAACAAUUAUUAUUCGUAUUUGGAUGAAGAAGUUAUAGAAAUGAGAAAGAAUGGUUGUCGAGAAAAGCGUGUUGCGGUGCCAAAGGGAGGCAUGGUUCUUUGGGACUCAAGAUUGAUUCACGCGAAUGCAAGUCCCAUAAAAGGUCGCAAACACCCAGGGAGAUGGCGUUAUUGUGUUUUCGUUUCCAUGACACCAGCAAUUUGGGCAUCAAAAAAUGACAUUAAAGAGAAGAAAGAUGCAUAUGACAAAGCAUGCAUGACUACCCAUUGGUCUUCACAAGACGUCAUGAUAUUUAAAACGGCCAUCCCAUCGUAUGCAAAGCAAGAUGUGGAAUAUCCAAAAGAGCUCCCAGAUAUUGCCAACUCCAGAGAAGCAAAACUUAUUUCUGGAGUUAUUCCUUAUGAUUUCAACGACGCGUUGCCUAAUGGAGACGCGUAUACUCCGAAAUGGCUGAACAAGAAACGUGGCCACGAGACGGAUUUUGGAAAGCUCGGCAAGCUUCUGGUUGGAGUAGCAGUCGGUCUAUCUGUGAUCUCUUUAGUUGUUUAUAAGCUGAGAAAGUAAUCGUUUGGACUUUCAAAACUGGCUAUUGGUGCUAAUGUUCUACAUUACAAUUAUCUACACUAACAUGAAAGUAAUAUAGUGUUUGCUAGCAGGGUUUAAUACAGUCCUUGAACUAGUCAUAUAUUAAUUCAUUUCUCUGUGCAUUCUGAGUCCUACUCUCAUUGUUAGAUGAAAAGGACAUGAUAUGUUCAAAAAGAAACCCAAUAACUGAAUAUCGUUAAUGUUUUUUAUCUAACGACUAUAAACCUAUAACAUUCUGAUUUUUUGGAAUGUUUUUGCUGACGACUAUAAACUUACAGCAUUUUGAUUUGUUCUUGAGAAUGUUUCUGCCUACGGCUUUAAACUUAUAAAUUCGAAAAUUCGAUUUGUCGAAAUGUUUUUGUUAACGACUAUAAACUUAUAACAUUGUUAUACAUGUUUUAUUGGGAAUGUUUUUGCUGUAUAAACUUAUAACAUUCUGUUUUUUUUUUUGUUGAGAAUGUUUUGCUAACGACUAUAAACUUAUAAUAACAUUCUGAUUUGUUGGAAUGUUUGUGCUAACGACUAUAAAUGAUAACAUACUGAUGUUUUGUUCAUUCUGUUUUUUUGAGAAUGAUAUAAACUAAUAACUUUCUGAUUUGUUGUUCAGAUGGUUAUACGGUUUUGUACUGUUUAAGACAUUUAAGUGUUAAAAAUCGCAGUAUCUAUUCCAUUGUCUUAAUUUUAACCAUAUACAUUAUAAUGUGUGGAAUAAUCCAUGCACCUCGUUAAAAAUGUUUUUGUUAUCAUGAGAUAAUUUUGUAUUACAUUAUUAUUAAAAAUUAAUU